AUGGAAGUCCCUCGCCGGCCAAAAGUUGGACGGAAAAGGAACAAGUUUGGGUGCUCUAGGGACAGAGAUAUCCAAGAGCUUGACACAGAAAACAAGGUUGUUGUUCAUGGCAUUUCAGAAAGUAAUCAUUCCUCGGAUCAUUCCUUUUGUAAGUGGAAGUCUGGUGGGAGUUGGGAGGAAAAGUAA